AUGAAAUUACAACUGGUGAAUUAUGCUAAAUGGAGGUGUCCAAAUGCUGAUGCCGGUCACUUGAAGAACAAUAAUGGUCAUGGUGAGAAUAUCGCACAGGGAUAUGGCGCUAGUCCCGACUAUACUACCGAGGUGGAUUUCAAUUCGUGUUCAGCUGUGAUGGAUUAUUGGGCUUCUGAGGAAAAGGACUACGACUACGAUGGGCAUGGGCAAAAUAACCGUGGUACUGUGGGACACUUCACACUGGUGAAUUAUGCUAAAUGGAGAUGUCCAAAUGCUGGUGCCGGUCACUUGAAGAACAAUAAUGGUCAUGGUGAGAAUAUAGCACAGGGAUAUGGCGCUAGUCCCGACUAUACUACCGAGGUGGAUUUCAAUUCGUGUUCAGCUGUCAUGGAUUAUUGGGCUUCUGAGGAAAAGGACUACGACUACGAUGGGCAUGGGCAAAAUAACCGUGUGUUUCACAGACGACAAGAGUUUCUAUGGAUCGGUUCAAUACCUGCUCUUCAAGAGAAAAGUGAUCACAAAUUAAUGUCUAAAGACAUUCAUUACGGACGACACGAAUCGGCUUUUGAUGACUUUGGUCUUCAAAGUGUGAAUUUAUUGAGAAAUAAUAUAACGUGCGGUGUUAUUCCCUACACCACAGAUGUGGACACCGGGACGUGGGCUGCCUUUGCCUCCGACCAACUUAUCGAUGCCUUCAUUCAUAACGACGUGAACUUAAAACUAUUGUAUAUUUACGGCGCGGUUAAAAAUGGUCUUCAAUUUGCUUUAUAUACUGAACUAGACUUAAGACUAGAUAUGUUUUUCACGUACAAAGAGGGACCAAACCUCUCAUAUACAGCACAUAUUCCCUGGAAAAACGCAUACUUUCGGUACAUUUACCCGUAUUUCACUUUAUGUUCGGCUGAAUUACUUGGACUUAAAGUACUGGUGCCCUGCAAUCCUGUCGAUGUUAUUACUGCCGAAUACGGGCCACAUUGGUAUUUACCCAAAACCGAAUGGUCUUACGAUUCA